AGGUGCUAUUAAAUUAACUGAAAAAAAAAAACACACACACAAUGCGGCGGAACAACCAGUGGAGGCGGCGGUCGUCCUUCGAUUCCGACGUGGAUUUCGACGACGAAGAGGACGAAGAUGAGGACGAGGACGAGGACGCGUCUUCCUCGGCGGCGGCGCGGCGGCGAGUGAGGAUGAAGUGCCUGUCGUGCAAGGAGGACUACGGCGAUCGCAGCGCCGGCACUUGCCGCGAGUGCUACGAGGAGGCCGGCGAGACGGAGGAGGAGCUCAAGCGAGAGAUCGACGAGCUCAAGUCCAAGGUCAAUUUCCUCCGCCUCCUUUGUUCCAGCCCUAACUCCGUUGCUAGGGCCAACACCCCCUGCUUCUCCGACGUCGUUCUGGUCGCCUGCCCCUCGCCGGAUUCCUCCGACAUCCCCUGCAACUCCCCCUCCAUCCCCGCACAUCGCGCUGUUUUGACGAGCCGAUCGCCGGUUUUUAGGGCAAUGCUGGAGAACGAGAUGGAGGAGAGCCUGAGCGGGACGAUCAAGAUGAACGACGUGUCGUACGACGCUCUCCGAGCGUUCGUGAACUAUCUCUACACUGCAGAGGCGAGCCUUGACGAGCACAUGGCCUGCGAUCUCUUGGUGUUGGCGGAGAAAUACCAAGUGAAGCAUCUCAAGACCUACUGCGAGAGAUAUCUCAUGUCCAGACUCAACUGGGAGAACUCCCUCCCGUACUACGCCUUCGCCCAUCAGCACGGUGCCAAGACCUUGCUCGAGGCCGCCCUCUCCCUCAUCCUCGACCACAUGGACAAGGUCACGAAGCGGGAGGAGUACGCCGAGCUGGUUGACAAGGAUCCCCGUGUUGUCGUUGACAUCUACGAAGCCUACCUCUCCAAGCAGGUCAACACUGCUGCAACCAAAGAUUCACCACCACCAAAGCCCCCUUCAUAAGACUGGGGAUGGUGAUUCUUGAUUCUUGGCUGUGAGUUGCUCUUUUGCUUUCGAAUGAAUUGCAAUAACAAUUGGGAAAUUUCCUUUUUGUGUUUUGGUACCAACAAUCUAAGAGUAUUUGUGUGAGAAAGAGAACAUUCAUUUAGGUAUAUAUAUAUAUGAUGUUCAAAAAAAUUGUGUACUA